GACGACAAGACCAACACUGGCAACGCCGGCAACGUGACUGACCAGGCCACCGGCACCGCGCAAUUCGCCACCGGCAUCCUUGGCAACACGGUCGGCGGCCUGACCCGCACUGUUGGCGGAGUCGCCGGUGCAGCAACCCGCGGCUUGGGCGGCACUGUGAGCAGCGUCACUGGCGAUGCUGGCCGGCCUGUGGGAGAUGCGGUGGGCAAUAUCGGCACGGGCCUGGAGGGGGGCUUGGAGAGUGUUUCCAAGGGUGUGGAGGACGCUGGAAAUUGGAAGAAGCAGUAA